AUGAGAUGCUUUGAUGACAGGCCUACACGUACUUCUGGCCGAAACUUUGAGUCGGACUUUAUGAGAUUACCACGUGGUGUCGGCAUUAGUGUUGAUAGAAGUAGUGGUCGACUCAUGGCCCCAGCGGUACAAUUAACAUAUCCAAGUGUAGGCAGUCGUACUUGGACCGAUGGCCAUACAGGUGCAAUUUUCGAUUUAUUUAAUGAGGCCACACUGGGACCAGCUAACCGAGUAGCAGCCGCUUAUGAUACUGCUCGCGUUCAAAAUUUUCACAAUGCUUCACAUUUGAAUGCAGCAUGGCGACAAACAUUUGCUGGUGGCAAAGUUCGCGGCGGAGAAUUAGCCCGUCGACAUGAACUGUUUGAAUAUUAUGAGAACUACUUUAACCGUAACGAGGCGUUGGCACUGUCUCAACGUGUGAUUGGUCUAUACACACUAACAAUAGAUGCAUCAGCUGUUCAACUUAAUGAAUUUGCACGUCGUGCACUGUCACAACUAACAGCAACACUCGAUUCCGACCUCUAUGAAGAUUUUAUCAACACUUGA